AUGACUUCGGCAGCAGUCUUCGGUUGCACCGGAGCCGUCGGCUCCAAGAUCCUGGAUACACUUCUCACGUCGGAGGCCUUCUCAUCCGUCAAGACCAUCUCAAGGCGAGCCCCGCCCUCGCAGUCGGCCAAGCUUGAGGCAAUCGUCGAGACCGAUUCAUCAAAAUGGGGUGGUCUGAUCUCAUCCCUGAGCCCCAAGCCCUCCGUCGUCUUCAACGCUGUAGGCACCACUCGAGCCGCAGCCGGCGGCAUCCAGAACCAGUGGAAGAUUGACCACGACCUCUGCAUUGAAAAUGCCAAGGCUGCAAAAGCAGCUGGCGUCAAGACCUACGUCUACAUCUCCAGUGCGGGGACACGAGGCCUGCUCAGUGGCUUCGUGCCGUACUCCAAGAUGAAGGUUGGGGUCGAAGAUGCCAUCAAGGAGCUCGACUUCGAGCAUGCCAUCAUCCUGCGGCCGGGUGCGAUUCUCGGAGAGCGUGAGAAGCCGAAGAACAAGAUGUUCGAGGACUUCAUGGGCAGCCUGCACAAGGUCAGCCAGGGGCUCCAGGACUCAUUUGGCCAAGAUCAGAAGUUCAUCGGAAGGGCUGCAGUGGCAGCUGCGCGUGUCGCCGAGGAGGGCAAGGCACCGUCCAAGUUCUGGUGCGUCGAACAGGCCGACAUCCUCAAGCUUGGCAGAGAUGAGUGGAAGGAGUAA